CACUCGGUUUCGCUCGACGGUAUUUUGUGCGGUCUCUUUGCCUUGCCAACGAAUAUAGGUGGAUUAGCUAGUGGGUGGCUUAAGAAAUUUUUCAUUGAUUUAUUUUGUACUGCUUUUCCGUUCGGUCGAGUAUUUUCUGCAAUACAGCGCUAUCCAUAUUUAAACAAAUUGUUUCUCUCGCUGUUAAGGAUAGGAAAGUGGAAUUAAAGUGGAUUCCUGACCGGAUUGAUUUGGUGAAAAAGGCGAAUCACGUCGAAGGAAAGGCAGCUAAGCCAAUAAAGUGCUCUUGAAAACAGCGGAACAAUCAUUUGGACUGUGUUUGAUUCCAUAGUCUCUAGCAAAAGUAUCUCAUUUUGUGGUUCCUUCAGCAGUUCACAAGCGGUUGUGCUCACAAGAAAUAAGGUGGUAUACGUCGAUAACUGAAAAGUCUACGAUUGCUACAUGUAUGUUGGUUACGCAGUCCUUGGACGAAGUUUGAUGUCGUUCGGUGCGGUAUGACGAAUUAGUUUACAUCUAUUGUUUGUGUGUGUAAAAGUGAAAGCAUAAAAAAUAGCUUAUAAAGCUCCAUUUAUUUCGGGGGUCAUUCGGUCAUCAUCGAAGAGAAGAAGCAACGAGAGCAAUCCACACUGAAUUCCUUCACUGCAACCUUCCUCCAAAACAAAACAUGUCAGUGGAAGACAGAUUCAAUGCUGCUGUAAAUGUGAUUCGAGGACUGCCGAAAAACGGUCCGUACCAGCCCAGCAAUGAUAUGCUAUUGACUUUCUAUUCGCUUUUCAAACAAGCGACCAAGGGAAAGUGUACGGAGCGACAGCCUGCGUUCUGGAAUGUCGUCAGCAAGGCGAAAUGGGACGCCUGGAAUCGGCUGGGCGACAUGCCGAAGGAAGUCGCCAUGCAAAAGUAUGUUGACGAACUGAAGAAGAUCGUAGAGACAAUGUCCUACACCGAUACGGUCGCUAACUUCCUGGAGUACGGUUCGGGAGACGCCGAUAAUGUCAGCAUCAACGAUUUGGAACUAGUGGCUCCAGAGGUGAUCCAACAAGCCCGAUCCCGUCCGAACUCGCCCUUGGCUUCACGUGAUACUAGUCCUGUUCGGGCAUCUCCGGUUACUCCGCCGCCCACCAUUACUGUCCCACCAACUGUGGCGAACGGUGCAACACCACUACUGGUCAAUGGUCAUCACCAGAAUGGACUAACGAUUGCUGCCAAACAACAGCUCACAAACGGGUACCGCCAUCAUGCUUAUCAGAACGGAAACGUCCAAUCGGACCUCAGCGAUGACGAGUACAUAGAUACGGUGGACGAUUCGGAAACAGAAUCUACGUUCCGUCCGAUCGAAGCCGUACACAUAGCACGUGGUGGCGUCACAUCUGCGGGUCGCAUUUCGCAGACUUCAUUUGGAGUAAACGACCAGUUCUACAGUAUCCCAUCGUCCGCAUCAAUGAUUCUUGGUGGUGGAAGUCCUGAAGUAAUGUCUCAGUUGACAAGAGCCAUCGAACGGCUGAAUGCCAGUGUUCAACAGGUUAACAAUCGGAUAAACGUUGUAGAGCAGUCGGUUUCCAGCUUGCGUAGCACUAUUCAACAGGGCGGUCGUGCCGUGGUGGGUCGAAGCAAAAAGCUUCCCCCCUGGUGGCCCCUGGAUGAAAUUUCUCCCCGUAUGUUGGCUUUUAUUAUUCUUUGGCCCCUAGUAAUAAACCGGAUGAUGGUUUGGUUGCAGCGCCGGAAAUAGAAUUACUACUAGUUCGUAACCAAAGGUUUUGUUCACAUGGAACGUGUAAAUAUUUAAUUUCUAGAACAAAAAAGCGUUAUGAAAUGGGAUAUGGAAAAGUGAUUUUUUGGUUCCCCAGGUUACACAUUCCGCCGCCAAUGAGCAGAAAGUAUCGAUGCGCUUGUUUGUUGAUUUAACUUUCUUAAAGAAAAAUAAGACAAGCUAUUUGCGCAUUCGAAAUAAAACAAAUUGAAUCCAUAAAAUGCAUAGCAAGACCAGCUAAACGAUAACCGGUAGCAAUACGCGUACCCUAGCAGUGAUAAUUGACAAAUAUGAGCGAAAUAGAUAGGAACCUCGUCAGUUACCGCAGUUACAAUUAAAAGUGCAAUUUAUUUUUUGUGGUAGGCGUACAAUAAGACGCAAACUUAGUGCUUUCAUUUCGUUCCUUUCUUGGAACCUGCACAGCGGUGCAGGAAGCAGUUUUUCACUAUUAACAUUAUUCAGUUAUACAGGAAUCAUUGAUUUUUUUAGUUACCGCAACGAUAUGUUUAUAAAAAAAGUCUAUACGUUCUAACGGUUGGUGUUGUUUUAUUGAAAUUAAUUUAUUUUUGUACUCGUACUUUUGAGGUGUCUGAAACAAAGCAAGAAAAUCUUAUUCCCAAUCUAUUCUCUAGACAAUUGUUUAAAUAAAUACAAACAAAGUUA